UUUCUUCCUGUGCAAAAGAAAGGAGUCUGCAAAUGGCGGGAGAGAUCAAGGUGGGGGCGUGGGGUGGCAACGGAGGGUCUGAAUGGGACAUGGGGCCUGCCGACCGCAUCAUCAACAUCGAGAUUCGCGCCAUAGACGCCAUCGACGCCAUCGCGAUCACCUUCACCCGUAAUGGUCAGACGGAGACCAAGUACUACGGUGGCCCCCUUGGCAUUACCUACGAGAUUCCUCUGCAAGAGGACGAGUAUCUUGUGGGCGUCGAGGGGUCUGUGGAUACGAUAUUGGAAACCACUCUGGUGAGGAACCUGACGCUGAGGACCAACAAGGAAAGCUAUGGACCUUUCGGCACCAGUGGCGGAAAACCUUUCUCUCUUCCUGUAGCCGCCGGCAAGAUCAUUGGCUUCUUUGGACGUGAGGGCGUCGUGAUUGAUGCCAUCGGAGUUUACCUGGCACCAAACUAGACUUCCUGGACUGAUACUGCUGCUUCAAUAAAUGAGUCUUGCUGCUACUGUGACUCCAUAAUAAAUGAACUAUUACUGUCGUCGUCCUUCCUCCGCCUUGUACUCAAAGUUGGAUGUUAUCACGAAUAAAAUAAAUCUGGUCCA